CCGACCCGAUCCGAUCCGACCCGACCCGACCCGAACACCGCUCCAGUGGUGUUGAAAAUGCACUCACUUUAUAUAUCUCUGUCUCUCUGUUACUUUCUCGCUCUUCACUUAUAAUUUCUCCUUUAGCUUCUCUCUGCACUCAAUUGCCAUUUCUAUCGGCGAUUCGUAAGCCUACAAUCAACCUACUCAAAGGAUCCAUUCCAAGCUCAGUCGGUGCAUCUUCGGGAUUUUUGUUUUAUGCAGUUGUUUGAGGAGGCAGCUGAUUCUUAGCUUCUAUGAAUAGUAAUCCCAUGUUUAAGUUCUGGAUUUUGCAUUGCAAUGCCGGACAUCAAAAAAGUUGAUUUUAUUGAUAUCUUGCUAUGUUAGUAGUUGCUCGGGACAUUUAAUAAUCAAAGGUUUUGGACUUAAAUUAUCUAUGCCUGGCAAUGAAGUCAGAGAUAGGGUUCACAACUUUUUCGCACAAGACAGUUCGUCACAAGGACAACAUCAUUCUCCUGUAGUGGAUGGGAAUUUGUCAGCUGUAAGUAACAUUUUGGGGGUUGGAAGCCAGAGUCAGACAGGUGGACUGAGUUCUAACGCAUACAACUUACAGAACUCUGAUACUACUAGAGGACAUAGCAGUUAUCCAUUUAAUGUGCAGCGUGGCUUGGAUUCUGCACAGUCAACUCCAUGGGCCGAGUUUGCUAAAAGUCAGCAGCCAAACUUGAAUCGAAUCAUGUAUGAUAAUCAGUAUUACCAGACAAGGCAGGAUGAAUCAAACUUUUUGGCUGUGAAUACAGGUUCUAAUCAACGUAAUCUUGCCUCAGGGGGCUCAUCUUUUCAUGAAUUGCAGCGAGGGGCGGGUCUUGAGCAGCAGGCAAGAGGACUAGUUAGGUCAGAUGCUUCUGGAAGUCCUGCUAGUUUUGAUCUUUUUGGUGGUCAGCAAAUGAACUAUCAGCAAUCAAACUUGCUGCAAUCUUUGCAACGACAGCAGUCUGGUCUUAACGAAAUGCAGCAACUGCAACAGCAAGUCAUGUUCAUGAAGAUGCAAGAGCUUCAGAGGCAACGACAACUUCAGCAACUAGAUGCCGGGCCACAAAAUCUAUUAAAUCAGGUUUCUCCCGUUCCUAAGGUGGCAUCUAGUAACCAUUCUCCUGCUUCUAUUAAUGGCACCAAUAAUUCCGGAGCAGUAAAUUUUGCUCAGGCAACUGAGCUUGGCAACACAAAUUGGUUGCAGCAUGGUUCUCCAGUCCUUCAAGGAUUUGCAAAUGGAUUCAGUCCCACCAAUGGACAAGCACAACAUUUGAUAGGCUUGAUACCUCAACACAUUGAUCAGUCUCUGUAUGGAAUUCCUGUUGCCAAUUCAAGAGGAAGCCUGAGCCAACUUCAACAGUUGGGAACUAAGAAGCCUGCGGUACAGCCAACGCCAACCUUUAGUGGUUCAUUUCCGGUUAAUGAAUGUGCUGAAUUGUCAGAUCAAGUCAGUGGGCAGGAUGGGACUUCCAUUCAUAGACAGAGUUCGCAAGGUGAAGGUUUUUUUGGUCACAGUGUAAGUCAAGCUCUAUCUAAUGCCGUAAAUACUGAGAAUCUUCAGCAAGCAAAUAAUGUGCAAAAAGGUUCAGUUCUCCAGGAUUUCUGUGGUAGACUGGAUGUAACCAUUCCCGCAGAGACCUCACAGGAGAAAGCUGCGGCACAAGCUUCUUCACCACAUAAUGAAGUCAGUUUAGAUCCUACAGAAGAAAGAAUUCUGUUUGGCUCAGACGACAGUAUAUGGGGUGCCUUUUCCAAGAGCCCUAAUAGGAACGAGGAAGGUGGUAAUCUGUUUGACAGUGCAGGAUUGCUUACUGGAUCUCCUUCUAUCCAAGGUGGUACUUGGAGUGCUCUUAUGCAGUCUGCUGUUGCAGAAACUUCGAGCAGUGAUGUUGGUCCCCAGGAGGAAUGUAGUGGUUUGAAUUUUCACAGUGCUGAAAUUCCUUCAGUGAAUCCGAAUCUGAUGUAUAACAGUGGGAGACAUAAAGCAUCUUCCACUGAAGACAAGUUGCCCCUAGCACCGUCCUUGAAUUCUUUUGCUGUCCAGGGGCACAGGUUUCCAUAUGAACAAGGUCAGAGUGUGCAAACAAAUUCUCAGAGACCUGUCCAGUCAUCAGAUGGAGGAAACAAGUGGUCAGAUUUUGGUCCACUGCAGACGUCAGUUGCUGAAGCUAGGCAGAUGUUUAGCAAUACUUCACAUCCUCUUGACACAGAUAUGAUUUCAAGAAGGGGUUCUAGUACUUUGACGCCUGAGCUUGGUGGAGCUAGACAGCCAUGGAUGAAAUCAGCUGGUUGGGGUGUUCUUGGCUCAACAGUUUCCUCUGGAGAUGCAACUUUUAGUAUUUUGAGUGAGAACUCAUCAAAACGUUUGCAGGAGAACAAUCAGAAGAAAUUUAUCCAAGACGAAGUCCUUCAUGGUGGUGUGGCACUGAAAUCUAGUCCACACGGUAAUUCUACAGUUCAUAUGGAGCAUGUGGGAUCAUCUAUGGCUAGUCCACAGGGGAAUUCAGAGGUUCUUAGCUCGUAUCGCUCUGCCACAGCUCCAAACUCAAGUACGACGAAGGGUGGUGAAGAAACCUGUCAAUCUCUUCAAAAUAAUUAUCAAUCUAAUUACUGGGAGAAGGCUGAUUUGGUUAAAUCUAAUUUAAAUGAAGGCUUGGGGGUUUUACAGCAUGAACGUAUGAAGGACAACCAGGUUUUGCAGUCAUCACCUUAUGUUGGUGAUAAAGAGUUUACAAUGCAUGAGAUGGAGAACAAUGAUAAGAAGGAUAAUUCAAAUGACAGCUAUCACUCUAACUUGCAGCCUCAUUCUUCUGCUGGUGGGGUUACGGAAAAUGCAUUAUCAGAUGCCAGUGAUUCAAGGUGUCUUCUCAUGGGGAAGCAAAAGCCGUCUGAUCAGGGUGGUCGGAAAAAUUCUUGGCCUCCGAAGUUCCAGUAUCAUCCCUUGGGGAACGUGGAUGAGGAUGCUGAUCCUCCUCGUAGCAUGAAACAAUCUACUCAUUCUCAGUCUAUAGUGCAGCACAAUCCCCAGCAUGGACAGUCAAAAGUUUUUGGUCAGGUUCCUCAUAGUCAGGUAGAACUGGAGAAGGGGCAGUUGUCUGAUGGUUUGAUGGACUACAAAGGCUCUAGUGAGGUGCAUUGUCAAAGCAGGUUUCCUGGUGGCGUAUCUACCAUUCCUGGUCUUUUCAACAGAUCUCUCGACUUACAUUCACCUAAUAAAGUUGCGGAAUCUAGUCCAAACAUGUUACAGCUUAUUCAGAAGGUGGACCAGUCGAGAGAGUGUGGUUCUGUGGCAGAGUUUGGUCAUUCUGAAAACAAAGCAUCAUCUAAGAUGCCUGAAGCAGGGGAUUCUGAUGAGUCUCUUGUUCAUCACCUGAGGAGUCAGUCUGCUGCCUCCCAAGGCUUUGGUCUACAACUUGGCCCUCCAUCUCGACGUGCACCAGUCCAAGACCACUCGUUGACGUCUCAGAGCCCUAUCCAAACUUUUCGCUCUUCACAUUCAAGUCAUUCAGCUGUUGACACUGGUGAGAAGAAUCAAGGACCGAUGUGCCCCCCUCAUCAGGUUCAAUCCUUUCAUUCACCUUCUGAUCUAUCCCAGGAAGGAUUGAAGAAUAUAAGAUUUGGUAUUCCAGGAAGUAGCAAUAAUGUAACUUCUAUAUUUUCAAUGCCCGGAAACCUUUCUCCAGCAUUUGAUUCUCAUUCUGGUUUUCCUUGUAUGGGAGAUCAGCUUAAAACUCCAAAUUUGGCUAGGACUUCUGUACAACUCUCAACAAAUCAACCCAUGAGUGUGUCAUUUGAUAAACAUGCUUCCUUUCAUACAGAGAAAGGUGAUUCUUGCAGAGGAUCUGCAAGUGGUCAAUCUGUGGAUGACAAUACACAGGAUAAGCCUAUCCUCCCUGCAGACAAGUGUCAAUUAAGUAAUUCCAAUGGUACCAUGGAAAGUAUCUUUACAAAUCAAGUUACAUCCCAAGAGCCAGUGUCAAUCUCUCAGGCAUUAGUGUCUGGCAUCAGUAAGCAGGGUACGUCUUCAAAAAUGUUAUCCAGUGUGCGGGCUACUGUUCCACCACCCCAGCAACCUUUUAGUUCUCAGUAUGGCACAGAUCCUUCCCAUAUUUCCCAAUCACAUCAAUUGAAUAUCGUGGAGUCAUCAUUAUCUGCUCCAGAGAGGCAAGGUGCAUCCCAGACUGAUCCUAGCUCAGCGAAGUCCCUGGUUUCUUCUGAAGGGGAGGAACGUCGUGAAAAGGAAAGUCCUUCUCAGCAUAUAUCAGUGAGAAAUAUUGACCUUAUUCAGAAGAUGAAUGAUUCACAGGGUAGAGAAACUAGUGUCAAUUAUAUCUCGGGAGGAUCUCCUGCUAAUUCUGCAUCUAUGCAGAGAGAUAUUGAAGCCUUUGGCCGAUCUUUGAAGCCAAACCUUUCAAAUCAGAACUAUUCCCUGUUAAACCAAAUGCAGACCAUCAACCAUAUGGAGAUCGAUCCAAGCAAUAGGGCGUUCAAAAGAAUCAAAGUAGCAGGCAGCAGUACAGGUGCUCCACACGUUCCUUCUGGGGACGCUGAAACGUUAGGGUUCUCUGGGCCGGAGGAUUUGCAAAGAAGUAUUUCAUCUCAGCAAGGGAGGAAACUGUUUCCUCAGGAUGUACUUGCACUUCAUCAGGAUAAUUCUCAGAGCAGUGCUCACGGCAAUAAUACAAAUUCUGUUACCCUUGAACAAACUCGAAAUAAUCCUCAGUUGGAAACUUCCUGGUUUGAUCAGUGCAGAACCUUAAAAAACGGCCAGAUGUUACAUAUGUAUGAUGCAGGUAGAGCAGCUGCAAUGAAGACAGUGGAACAACCUUUCACUAUUGGGAAGUCUUCCAGUAGUUUGCAUGCACUUAAUACUAUGCUGCAAAUAAUGCCUGCAACAUCUGAUAGAAGUACAAUCGGUAGUGUUGCGCCAAAUUCUGUCCCCAGUUCUGCUGCAAUUGAGUAUUUUUCUUCCCCAACAUUGCCAGAGGAUGUUGGUCGUCAGCACCUAAUUUUGAAACCCAUGAAGCGGAAACUUGUUGCAUCUGAAAAAACUCCCUGGCAUAAGGAAGUUUCGGUGGAUUCACGAAGCGGCCAGACAAUCAGCCUGGCAGAAAGAGAGUGGGCUAGAGCUGCUAAUAGGCUUACUGAAAAGAUUAAAGAAAGCAUUGAUUUUAACGACGAAGGUCCACCAAGGCUUAAAGCUAAAAGAAGGGUUGUAUUGACCACACAGCUUAUGCAGCAACUACUCCCCUCUCCACCUGCAGCAAUUCUUUCUUCAGAAGCUAAUUCAGAGAAUGAGUGUGUGGCUUACUCCAUCUCCAGAUUGGCAUUGGGGGAUGCAUGCAACAUGGUUUGUUGCUCAAAUGGUGAUCUGAAUAUGCCCUGUGAUGACAAAGACCUACUUCCCGAGAAGUGUGUUACUUCUCAGAGGAUUAAUAAAGAUAAUUAUGUCAAGGCUGUUGAAGAGUUGCAGGAAAGAGUGAGGAGAUUGGAAAGUGAUUUUUCAAGACUGGACAAGAGAGCAUCAGUAUUAGAUGUGAUAGUGGAUGGGCAAGACCAAGAGAAGUUCGGCGUUAUCAAUCGGUUUGCAAAGUUUCUUGGUCGGGGACCAUAUGAUGGUAUUCCUCAGAGAUACGUCAAAGCGCUUCCAGUACCGAAAGAUCUCCCUACUGAGACGCACUGUCUUUCUCUAUAAUCACAAAUGGAUUGAAUCUUCCCUGUGCUCUGUCAUCAAUUACCUCAACUUCCGGUAGACAUUUUUGUCCUAGUCAUGUACUAGUGCUAGCAAGAAGAAAAUAGAACACAACCAGUAUCGCUGAACAGACUCAAAAUUUUCAUCUCAGGUGCAAUGUAGCUUUGUAGGCCAUUUAUAUCAUCUUCAAUCAUUUCAAGAAAAUAUUAGUCAUUCCACGUACAUCUCUUCAAACUUAGUGAAGGGAGGAGAGACUAGGGUGCCCGGUGCCCCAUCAUUUUUUGCCAGAAAGGGGGAGAGUACAUACCCUGUGCUUCUAAGCUACAGUUGGUCACACCUCUCGUUGCAGAAUUGUGGAAGUUACUAUAAUUGCUUUAGGCAGGUAUGGGGUAUUUGUAUUGGCCAUCAUGUAUAAGAGAUACUUAGGCUCAUAAUCUAUUAUGUUGGUGCCUCCUUUUAUUUGUUGAUGAAGGCUAUUUUUUCUGUUGAUGGAUCCCUCAACCAUGUGUAGUUUUUAGAGUUAACAGCUGGAAACAGGCUAAGCUGUUGAGAUUGUUCAGAACAUAGUUUAGAUGAAAAAGGUGCUUUGGAGCAGCUUGGUAUUUAAUUAUUUCCCUUGUACAGAGUUUUAGAUCAUGCCUGUACUUUGCCUGGUAUGGUUCUUAAUGUGCAACUGCUUGUGCAGACAUUAUAACUUGUUU